AUGGCGGGUGAAUUUGAUCAAGAGUUCAAUGAAGAAUGUAUUGUUGAACAUAAUCGUCUACGGGCUUUACAUGGAUGUCCAGACUUAAUACUCGACGAAGAAUUAGCCGUGGAUGCACAAAGAUAUGCAGAAUACUUGGCCAGUAUCAGUGAACUUGAACACUGUACAGAUACAGAUGCAGGAGAGAAUUUAGCCUUCUACACAUGUAAUACUAGUGCUGAGAAAAGAGAUUUUACAGGUGUUGACGCCACAAAGACAUGGUAUCAAGAAAUAGAAGAAUACGAUUUCAAUAAAGAAAAUCAAUUUUCUUGUGGACAUUUUACACAAGUCAUCUGGAAAUCGACAUUACGAGCUGGAUUCGGUAGAGCAUUUUCAAAGGAUCAUCGAAGUAUCUAUGUUGUUGGUCGAUAUGAUCCACCUGGAAAUUAUUCUUUAGAGUUUGGAAAAAAUGUUCCACCAUUAGUUCAUUGUUAA